AUGAAGUCUCUCUUUGUUGUAGCGGCUCUGGCCGUAUCGGCCGAGGCGCACUACAUCUUCAAUAUCCUGAUGGUCAACGACCAGCGCGUCGGCGGCGAGUACACCUACGUGCGCCGCAACAGCAACUCGUAUAUGCCCACCUUCCCCGACAUCGUCACGAGUAACGACCUGCGCUGCAACGUCGGCGCCAAGCCCGGCGGCGGCGUCCAGACGCACACGGUCAAGGCCGGCGACAAGAUCGGCUUCAAGGUGUUCAACAACGAGGUCAUCGAGCACCCCGGCCCCGGCUUCGUCUACAUGUCCCUGGCCCCCAACGGCGUGGCCAACUACGACGGCUCGGGCGACUGGGGCAAUGCGGCGUCGGACGGGAACUGGUGCUCGUACAACAAGGACCGCCUCGAGUUCGUCAUCCCGCCCAAGACCCCGCCCGGCGAGUACCUCGUCCGCGUCGAGCACAUCGGUCUGCAUGAGGGGCACCAGAACCGCGCCCAGUUCUACAUGACCUGUGCCCAGCUCAAGAUUACUGGCUCAGGGGGCGGCACACCGGCACCCUUGGUCAAGAUCCCCGGCAUCUACAAGGCCAACGACCCUGGUAUCGCCUAUAACAAGUGGACGGGCAACCCCGCGCCGUACCAGAUGCCAGGCCCGGCGGUUUGGAACGGAAACUAA